GUCACAUUUUGCUGUAUUUUUGUUAUUGUGGUUUAAGAUUUGUCGUGUUGUGUCAGUCAGUCAGUCAUUCCAAAAAAUAAAUUUUAUUUAUUUUAUACUUUCUAAAGUUAUAUAUCAAUCUUUUUUUAUUGUGUUUAUAGAAAUUCGAAAAAGAAAAAAAUAUACAAAAUAAGUGUGCCUAAAAAUAUGCAACGUUAUGGUGAAAAGAAAGAGACUCCUUCAGAUGUUUUAUUACAUUUGGCGGCUUUAAGGGGAGACGAUAUUACUUUGAGACGCGUUUUGGAUAGUGGAAAGGUUCAUGUCGAUUGUAAAGAUGAGGAUGGCACCACACCCCUGAUAUUGUCAGCAGCUAGUGGCCAUACCACAUGUGUGUUGGAACUAUUGGAACAGGGAGCAGAUCCAAAUAGCAGAAGAGCCACUGGUACAACACCAUUAUUUUUUGCUGCUCAAGGGGGCUAUUUGGAUGUGGUGAAAAUAUUGAUUAAAGCGGGAGCUAGUGUGGAUACACCAUCAGUGGAUGGCGGUACUCCUCUAUUUGUGGCGGCCCAGGGUGGUCAUGUUAAAUUAGUUAAGGAAUUAUUAGAUUGUGGUGCUAAUGUUAAUGCCUGUAUGAAGGAUCGUGCUACCCCUGUUUUUAUAUCCGCCCAAAAUGGUCACCGUACAGUAUUAUCUUUACUUCUAACCGCUGGCGCUUAUCCCGAUACAAGCGCAUUGAUGGCGCUACUUCCCUUGUGGAUUGCAGCGCAAAUGGGUCAUGAUCAUAUAUGCAAGGUUUUAUUACAAGGUGCUAAUGUGGAUGCUGUGAGAUGUGAUGGUGCUACUUUGUUUAAGGCGGCCCACAAGGGCCAUGCGGCUGUGGUAACUGAACUAUUAAAAUCGGCCAAAUUUAACAUUGUUUGCCGGUAAAAUGGGGAAACCGCCUUACAUGCCGCCGCCAUGUUUGGCCACAUGACAGUGGUGAAGCAGUUGAUAGCAGCUGGAGCCGAUAUCAAUCAAACAAAUCACGAUGGUUUGACAGCCCUCCUGGCACGUCAACAGAAAUACACUUCAAUAUGUGAGUAUUUACAGGAACGUCAGAGGACCAAUAAAAAUCGGAAUCAACAAAGUUAAAAGCAAGAAGCAAAGUGUGGAACUCAAAAUUAAUCUAAAGGAUAACCGGCCAUAAUUGUUAUUUAAAAAAGUUUCACGUUUGAAAAAAGAAAUCGAAAAUUUGAUUUCGAAAUACAGUAGAGCUUAACAGUUAUCGAAAAAAUAGAGCUUUUAAUUCUUAAAACUACACAACUAAAGUGCUCACUUUCACUCUCUUUCUCUUUCUUCCUGUUUUUACACACACACACACCUGUUUAAAUCAUUUUACUCAUACAGUUUUAAGAGAAUUACGAAUUAAGUGAAACCAAAACUUAACUAAUCCUAAAAUAAAUAUCCUUAAAUAUCCAUUUAUUGUGGAAACAACUUAUUCGAAUAUUUGUUUAUAAUAAAUUGCACAAUUAUUUGAUAUUACAACAACAAAAACACCCAAUUUUGCCUAUUUAAAUACAUAAUAUUUUAUAAUUAAUUUAUACAAAACUCGAAAUUUUAUUUAAAAACUAUUUUACAAAAUGCCUGCUAUUAUUAUAACUUAAAAAAAAAUUAUUAAAAUUAUUAUAAAAUAACAAAAAAAGCACCACGUCCAUUUUUUAUGUAAAACAAUAAAAACUAAUCAAAAUCUAACAAAUCCUUAUAAAAACAAAAUAUUCUUAUGAUAAUCAUUCAUACCUUUUUUGUGGUUUAUUAGAAAAACUAAAUAUAAAAAAUAUAAAAUAAAAAAAUUAUUUAAUAAAUUGUAUAUAUUAUUAAAAAAAAUAUAUAAUUAUAAUAAAAUAAUUGUUGAACCUUUUUAUGAUUAUUAAUUAAUAAGCAAUUGUUAAACAUGUGCAAUACAUACAAUUUUCAUCCUUAAAUUAAAAAAAAAAAAAAAAAAACAAAUAUAAUUGUAACUAAAAUGAACACUUUUCAAACUCCU